AUGACGGAAGAAUUGCAAACGCAGCAGCAGCCGCAGCAGACCCCGAUGCAGCAACCGCAGCCAAAGACCCGACUCGGACCGCAGGAUUACCGCAACUCGGAGCUCGUCACUAAGUUUAUGGCCGCCAAUCCUCCCUAUCUGUACUCUCCGGCCGUCGGGCCGCACAAUUUUUUCUUCAGCGAAAUGCUUCGCUCGUUGGUGGCCAAUAAGCGCAACGAGAGUCUGCGAAACGCCACCGAGCAACUGCAUCACCAUCAGCAGCAACAGCACCAACAACAGGCACAAGCCCAAUCACAACAUCUUCAGCAGGGUCACCUGGCCCUGCAAGCUGCAUCUACUCGGCGGCCCCGCAAGCGAUCCUGGAGUCAGCACCGGUACUAUCCGGAACUCGCCGCACCGAAGGAGGGCAAAGAUGGCGAAGAUCGACCGACCACACACCCAGAAAAGCCGCUCGAGUUGACCAACAAACUGUCCGCGUUCGGUGGUCGCAGCUUGCUGCCGUCCGGAAUCGGCUCUGCAGGAUCCAAGGUGUAUGCUGAAGAACCUCGGGAAGGUUUUAAGACCCCUUCGUACCCGGAACGCAAACAGGAGCACCCAUCGUCGGCGAGUGCGUCCGAGAAAUCGAUCAUCAACCAUCAGUCCUCCAUGCUGCCGGAGCCACCGACCGGUUCGAUGCCCCCUUCCGACCUGAUUCUGCCGCCGCCACCGCCGGUCUGGUAUCCACCGUUGUACCCGCCGUACGGUAUCGAUCCGCUGCAUUUCUUCAUCGAUCUGCGUGUCUCGGGACACAUAUACGAUCGCAAAAAGGACUCCAACUCACCCGGAUCCGAGGGAUCGCAAUUGUCGGUAAAGAGCGAACACUCGAAGCUGAUCGGUACCGGCGGUGAUCGGCAGGGCUCGGCGUUCAGUGUGCCGAAGCCCCGCUCGGAUGCGCCCCCGGUCGCGGCCGAGACGAGUUCGGCCAUCAACCUGGCGGCCGCGAUUGACGAGGGAAACUCCGUCACUGAUGCUGAUGGGGCACCGGAGCCAUGUGGGGCUCCGCUUUUUGGAGACGACCCGAAGCUGGACGCGAUCACGAAGAAUACGCACUAUGUGCUGCAAAAUUUGCCCCGCAUCUACGAGGAUCUGAACGGGAACCACAAGAUGACCGGCGAUCGCUGCCUGACGGACGACGACACGAACGGGAACGUGAGUUGCGACGAGCAGGAUACACCGGAACACGAACAGGACAGCAAAUCGGUUGGUUCCGCGAGCGAGGAUGUGGCGGGUGAGGAGAAUAAAUACAAAGAUGCCGAUUUGAACGUGAUUUCGGAUGAAGAAUCGAUCGCGGUCGAUGAGAAUUAG